CAGCAGCAGCAGCAGCAGAAGAAGAAGAAGGACAAUCACCACCACCAGCAGCAGCAGCAGCAGCAGCAGCAGAGGAAGAAGAAGAAGGACAAUAACCACCACCAGCAGCAGCAGCAGCAGCAACAGCAGAGGAAGAAGAAGAAGGACAAUCACCAGCAGCAGCAGCAGCAGCAGCAGCAGCAGCAGAGGAAGAAGAAGAAGGACAAUCACCAGCAGCAGCAGCAGCAGCAGCAGCAGCAGAGGAAGAAGAAGAAGGACAAUCACCAGCAGCAGCAGCAGCAGCAGCAGCAGCAGCAGCAGAGGAAGAAGAAGAAGGACAAUCACCAGCAGCAGCAGCAGCAGCAGCAGCAGCAGCAGCAGCAGAGGAAGAAGAAGAAGGACAAUCAGCAGCAGCAGCAGCAGCAGCAGCAGCAGCAGCAUCAGAGGAAGAAGAAGAAGGACAAUCACCAGCAGCAGCAGCAGCAGCAACAGCAGAGGAAGAAGAAGAAGGACAAUAACCACCACCACCACCAGCAGCAGCAACAGCAGAGGAAGAAGAAGGAUAAUCACCAUCACCAGCAGCAGCAGCAGCAGGGGAAUAAGAAGAAGGACCACCAGCAGCAGAGGAAGAAGAUGCAUCACCACCAGAAGGAAGAAGCAGCAACAGCACCACCGAACUGGCUGACUCAGACAGGUUAAGGAUAGGAUAGGAUAGAAUAGGUAUGAUUAGGAUAGGAUAUUAUGGUUAGUUAGUUAGGUGGUCCAUGUCAGGUGGUCAGGGUCAGGAAGAGGAGGAAGAAGCACCAGCACCACCACCACCAGAAGAAGAAGAAGAAGCAUCACCAUCAUCAGAGGAAGAAGCACCACCACCACCAGAAGAAGAAGAAGAAGCAUCACCAUCAUCAGAGGAAGAAGCAGCACCACCAGCAAAAAGAAAAAGCAAGAAGAAGCAGCACCACCAGCAGCAGCAAAGGAAGAAGAAGGACCAUCACCACCACCAGCAA